UCGACAGGUUGACGGGGAAAAAACUGGGCCCCUACCAAACGGGCGAGCUCUGCUACAAAGCGCCGACGGUGAUGGAAGGCUAUUACAAACGACCCAGGGAGACGGCCGAGUUCUUCGACGCGGAAGGAUGGUGCAGAUCAGGCGACGCAGGCUGUUACGACGAGGACGGACGUAUCUACUUUGUUCAGCGCUUCAAAGAGAUGAUCAAGUGCAUGGCCAACCAAGUGGUUCCUGCCGAGCUCGAAGAACUGUUGCUGCGAGAGCACUCGGGGGACAUCAUUGACGUCUGCAUCGUCGACGUACCGAACAAGGACUACGGAGAAGCUCCGGCCGCCGCUGUCCAGGCAUGAUGCGCAGAUGGCACAAAGGACUUUUCUGAAUUGUCCAGACGGAUAAAGAAAACUA